GAGCGGAAUUGUCAAAGCAUUAAUUGUUUAUUACAGCUGAUAGAAUGUCUAGGAAUUUAAAUGUUGUUAGAGUUCUAUGACGUGCUCUAUUAGUUUUAGGUAAGGAUUGCAGACUUCUUCGAUUCUUGUGGAGUAAUGGUGCAGGUCAUGGCCGGGCCUUAAAGUUUGUUGCUUAUGCCGGAGGGGCAUCCACAUUUCUUGGUUACCAUCCGCUGGAGCGCUCUGACAGCAUCAAGAUAGUGUUCAUUUCGGGAUGGGUAAUGCUUCUCCUGAGGAACUUGCGAAGUCAUAUGUCUGUCAGUUUAAUGCCUGCAUUGAAAUGGAGUCUGUAGUCAAUUCAUUCCAUGUUGAAUUUCCCAACUUUUCAAGUAGAAUUUUGCAGAAGCUUAAUCAACAACGUGAGGAGGGCCAAUUGUGUGAUAUUUCGAUUAUAGUACAAGGAUAUCUUUUUCGGGCCCAUAAAGCUGUUCUGGCAGCUAAUUCCCCCUAUUUCUGUGACCAGGUACUUCUGAAGAACAGCAGUCGAAUUGUUUUACCAGAUGUUAUGAAUCCACGAGUAUUUGAGACUAUUCUUUUAUCUUGUUACACAGGCAAGGUGGUUAUGCCAACCACAGAAAUUGUCAGUUACCUGACAGCAGCUAGUUUUCUUCAGAUGUGGCAUGUAGUUGACAAGUGUACAGAACUGUUGGAAGGAAACCCAUCUGUCCUUUCUCAGAGGUCUAGCAACUGUAAUGACCACCAGUCUCCAAGUAGCAGCAGUUAUAAUGGUCUUGUAGAUAACUGCGAUACAUUCUGUGAACGACAGGCAGAUUUUCAUAAAGCUGAAGAUGUACAAGAGGACAGACUAGAAGAUAUUUCUAAGGAAGAUGAGUUGUCACCAGAGGUAAGAGAGACAGAAAAUAUUACUAGUAAUUCCUCAUCGGAACUUGACAGAUUCAACACUGAAAUGCCAAGCCGGAAUGGAAAAGAGGGUGGGAGGGAGGAAACUGGUUAUCAGUACUCCAGACCUAUCUAUAGCCAGCCUAGUAUUAUGCACCACAGACGAUGGAUUUAUGUUAAACCUGAAAAAUUUGAAGAGGACUUUGAAACUUUAGCAAGUCACUCUAGCUUUAAUGAGCAGUGCUCCUCUGACUCUGAUUGUAUUAGUCGAGUAGAACCUCCCACUCCUUCUUCGGUUGCAGAUGAUGGUUUCAUUUUUGGUGCCAGGAAAGGAGGUGAGAGUUUGAACAAAAGUAAUGAAGAUCAUUGUUACGAUGAACAUGUUGAUUUUUAUGGUGCUUCUAUGGAAGAGUUUUCCAGUGGUGAUAGAGUAGAUGUGCACAGCAGUAGUCUUAGACAGGAAGACAUGACAGCAGCAGCUAAUGGAGAGACAGUUGCAAAGACAGCAGAUGUUCGUGAGGAGACUUCUCAUUCAGGAUUUGCAGCUGUGGUAUACAAACUGUUCCCAUGUCAGUGUGGCAAAAGUUUUACUCACAAGAGUCAGCGUGACCGUCAUAUGAGUAUGCACCUUGGCCUUAGGCCAUAUGGUUGUGGUGUUUGUGGUAAGAAAUUCAAAAUGAAACAUCACCUCGUAGGCCACAUGAAAAUUCACACUGGAAUAAAACCAUAUGAAUGUCCUAUAUGUGGUAAGAGGUUUAUGUGGAGGGACAGCUUUCAUCGUCAUGUGACAUCUUGUACUAAAGCAUAUCAGGCAGCACAUGUUGAGCAAACAAAUGAUACUCAUUAAGACAAAGUGCAGAGGAUGUUCUUGAUUUGUGAAGAAGGCUGUUUUAGCUGCAGCUUUUGCAAAUAAUAUUUUUUCAUAAAAAAUUUUAAAUCACAUCGUUUGCAAGCAGUUUCCACAAAGCACAUUUUAAUCAUUUUAUAAUUCAGAUUGUAUUGGUACUGUAUUAGUCACCUUUUUGAAAUAUUGAUAACGUAAUCAUUGAUUUCAUAGUCCAUCUUAAAUGUAAGAAAGAGUAGAUGGUCAGUAACAUAAAACCACUUCCCCUUUUACCCUUGGCUUCUUACCUGCUUCAUACAGGACAAACUUUGUUCACUUAGCCACUUUAUGGUGUGUGUGUGUGUGUGUGUGUGUGUGUGUGUGUGU